AUGGCUUUAUCAUUGACCCCCAAUGAUCCUAACAUCGAUUACACCAAUUCCGUGAUAUUUCUGAACCAAGUGUCCAAUUUCACCACGCUGUGUUCCAAUAUCUCAUCCAAAUUGGUGGAUUCUGUUUUUGCGAUAGCAGGAUCCGAUCCAAUUCUACAGUUUGGCUUUAACAUAUUCCUGCAAGUGUACGCUUACGUAACGACCUACGUCAAUCAAAUAGCGACUUUCGUUUCCGAGUUGAGCCUUGUUCCAAUUCCACCAUCGGUAUCGAGUUUGUACCGAAUGAUAGUCAACAAUCCGCUUUUCUUCAGUACCCUCAAGGCAGCUAUUCCGGAUUGCAAAGGUAUGAAUUCGGUCACGGCCAUGACGGCGAGCAAUUUGUGCAGGACCACCGUCGAGGGACUCAUUUCGACCUACUACGGGCUGCUGUCUACGUGUUUGAGCACCAUACUGAGUAUAUUUGGACUUCCAAAUCCGUUCCAGCUCACGACGGGUACGGCUGCACCUGUCCAAACAACUCCGGCCUAUUACGCGGGCUGGCCCACUUUGAGUCCCCGUUGA